AUGAUCACACUCUACUUCUUCUUCAAGACCCAAGAGAGCUGCUGUAAUCACCAGCAAUACUACAGGACAGAAAGAGGCUAUAAAUAUCCCCUGUACCAUCCCAAGCUAGGACUAGAAGAGGUGGUGUCCAAGGAUCCUCACAUCAAAUGCCGCAUCUGUGACCCUCUUCCUAUUCUUCACAAAUAUUAUCAGUCAGGAGAUGUCAUCAUUGCUGGUAUUAUGUCUCAUAUAUACAGAUUUUCCAAUUCGAUAACUUUCAGAAAAUGCCCCUCUAAUGACCUCUUUGAUGACACUCUCUAUUUUAUUCCAAGAUGGACCUAUCAAGCCUCAUUGGAACUCUUCUCUACACAGGACAGAUUCAUCCCUAACUACAAAUGUGGUAGUAUCAACAAUCCAGUAGCAGUCAUUGGGGGACCUACCUAUGAUGUCUGUUUCCACAUGGCAACCAUCCUGAGCAUGUACAAGAUUUCACAGUUCAUUUAUGGCUCUGCUCCAGUGAUAAAUAAGAAAACCAAGACUGUCCUAUACCACCAGAUGUUCCCAGAUGUGGACCAUCAGUAUAAAGGAAUUCUCCAGGUUCUGCUUCAUUUCAGAUGGAUGUGGAUUGGGCUGCUAUCUGCACAUGAUGACAAUGUAGAGAGGUUUGUAAACACUGUGGUUCCCAUGUAUGCCCAGAGAGGCAUUUGCUUUGAUUUCAUGCUUAGAAUACCCAGGAUGUCUUAUACCAAUGACUUUGAUGAGAUUGUGAAUGAGGGAAUAGAAACAAACAAUAUUAUCUUGAGAAGUACUGUUAAUGUGAUGAUCAUUCAUGGUGAAAUUGAUACCAUGGUAGUUUUGAGAACAUUUCCUCGGUAUUCAGAAGUUAUGGGUAUAGCAAAAGAUAAAGUCUGGAUUAUGACAUCUCAGAUGGAUUUCACAUCAGUUUCUUUUGAAAGAGAAUGGCACAUAGACUUCCUUCAUGGUGCUAUCUCCCUUGCUGUUCAUUCCAAGGAGGUGUUAGGAUUCCAGCAAUUUCUUCUGAUGAGAAACCCUACUUUGGAAGAAGAAUAUAGUGUUACCAGGGCCUUCUGGGAAAAAGCAUUUGAGUGUUCUUUCAUGAAUUCCAUGGUAGACAGUCAAGAUGGGAAAAUCUGCAGUGGGGAGGAGAAGCUGGAGUCUCUACCUGCAUCCGUUUUUGAAACAAGCAUGACUGGUCACAGCUACAGUGUGUACAAUGCAGUCUAUGUGGUGGCACAUGCUUUGCAUGCCAUGUAUUCAUCUAGAUCCAAACACAGAGCAACAGCAGAUAUAGGAAGCAUGAAGGAUCUGAGUAAACAGCUGUGGAAGCUUAACCACUUUGUGAAAAGCAUCUCAUUUAACAAUAGCGCUGGGGAAAAAAUGUCUUUCAAUGAAAAUGGAGAGAUAGCGGCUGGAUUUGAUAUUAUAAACUGGGUCACAUUCCCAAAUCAGUCUUUUCAUAGAGUCAAAGUUGGAAAGAUUGACCCCAUGGCUCCCCAAGAAGAAGUGUUCAACAUUUGCGAGGAAGCCAUCAUGUGGCCUAGGAGGUUUAACCAGGCGCAGCCCCUUUCUCUUUGCAAUGACAACUGCCUUUUGGGAUAUCAUAAGGCAAAGAAGGAACAGAAGCCAUUUUGCUGCUAUGACUGCAUUCCAUGUCCAGAAGGGAAGAUUUCCAACUGGACAGACAUGGAUGACUGCUUUCAGUGUCCACAAGAUCAUUACCCAAACAUGGAACAGGAUUCAUGCAUUCCUAAGAAUGUAAGUUUCUUAUCUUAUGAAGAACCUUUGGGGAUUGCUCUGACCAGUUCUGCUCUUUCCUUUUCUCUCAUCACAACUUUGGUGCUUUGGACCUUCAUUAAGCACCGGGACACUCCCAUAGUCAAAGCCAACAACCGGAACCUCACCUACGCUCUCCUUAUCUCCCUCUUGCUCUCCUUCCUUUGCGCUUUGCUAUUCAUUGGCCGACCUGAGAAAGAGACAUGUCUCCUUCGACAAACAGCUUUUGGAAUAAUCUUUUCAGUAGCAGUUUCUUGCGUGUUGGCCAAGACUAUCAUUGUGGUUCUCGCUUUCAUGGUCACUAAACCAGGGUCCAGCAUGAAGAAAUGGGUGGGGAAACAACAAGCUACCUCAAUUGUUCUUUCCUGCUCCUUUAUUCAAGCUACUCUUUGUAGCUUAUGGCUGGCAACUUCUCCCCCAUUCCCAGAUUUUGAUGUGCAGUCAAUGAAUACAGAAAUUGUUCUGGAAUGUAAUGAAGGGUCUGUCACCAUGUUCUACUGUGUCUUGGGCUACAUGGGCUUGUUAGCCACUGUCAGUUUCACUGUGGCCUUCCUAGCCAGGAAGUUACCUGAUAGUUUUAAUGAAGCCAAGUUUAUCACCUUCAGCAUGUUGGUGUUUUGCAGUGUUUGGUUGUCCUUUGUUCCAACAUACUUGAGCACCAAAGGAAAAUACACUGUGGCUGUGGAGAUCUUCUCCAUCUUGGCCUCUAGUGCUGGGUUACUGGGCUGUAUAUUUUCCCCAAAAUGUUAUAUUAUUGUGGGGAAGCCUGAACUGAACAACAGGGAGCAGCUAAGAAGAAGAACGAAUUGA